GGGCAGGGGCAGGAAGUCGUGGGGCUGGGCAGAGCCGGGGGGGUGGUGGGCAGUGCCGGGCGCUCCCGCUCGGCUCCGGCUGCCACCGCCCCUGAGUCAGCCCUGCCGCUCCCCCGCCCUGCCCCAGCCGUCCGUCCGUCCGUCCCUCCGUCCGUCCGGACACAGGGAAGGAGCCAAUCAUCCAGCUGCAGCUCCAUCCUCCCAGCAUUGCCAGAUGUGCCUCCAUGUGGUGCUGCACCUGCAACCCAGUCCAGAGAUCCUUCCCUGCCUUCUUCACUGCUGACCAUUAGCUCCACGGGAUCCCCAACCUGUCCUGCAGGUCCUCCAACGGCUCGUGCCGUGGACUGCUGGGCUCCCCCCUGUGCUCAGCAUGCCCUUUUCUGAUGCAGCCAGACCCUCCCAGGAAUCACUCUGGAGCUCCAAGCCAUCCUGUAGAGUAAGGUGAUCCAGCCAAGGUGCUGCCUGUGCUGGGGCUGCUCUCCCAGCUAAAGCACAUCUCCUGUCCCCUGGUAGGAAAUGGAGUCCAAGGUCUCCGAAGGCGGCCUCAACGUCACCCUCACCAUCCGGCUGCUGAUGCAUGGCAAGGAAGUUGGGAGCAUCAUUGGGAAGAAAGGAGAGACUGUGAAGAAGAUGCGUGAGGAGAGUGGGGCAAGGAUCAACAUCUCAGAGGGGAACUGUCCUGAGCGGAUUGUGACCAUCACUGGGCCCACUGAUGCCAUCUUCAAGGCUUUUGCCAUGAUCGCCUACAAAUUUGAGGAGGACAUAACCAACUCCAUGAGCAACAGCACUGCUACCAGCAAACCUCCAGUGACCCUGCGGCUGGUGGUGCCAGCAAGUCAGUGCGGCUCCCUCAUCGGCAAGGGGGGCUCCAAGAUCAAGGAAAUCCGAGAGUCCACAGGUGCUCAGGUCCAGGUGGCGGGGGACAUGCUGCCCAACUCCACGGAGCGGGCGGUGACAAUCUCGGGGACACCCGAUGCAAUUAUCCAGUGUGUCAAACAGAUCUGUGUGGUGAUGCUGGAGUCCCCACCAAAAGGUGCCACCAUUCCCUACCGCCCAAAGCCCGCCUCCACCCCUGUCAUUUUUGCAGGUGGUCAGGCCUAUACAAUUCAGGGACAAUACGCUAUUCCACACCCGGAUCAGUUGACCAAGCUCCACCAGUUGGCUAUGCAGCAAACCCCCUUUACUCCCCUUGGACAGACCACCCCCGCUUUCCCUGGAGAAAAGCUGCCCUUACAUUCCUCCGAAGAAGCUCAAAAUCUGAUGGGCCAAUCAUCAGGUUUGGAUGCCAGUCCCCCGGCCAGUACUCAUGAACUCACCAUUCCCAAUGAUCUAAUAGGCUGCAUAAUCGGACGCCAAGGGACCAAAAUCAAUGAAAUUCGGCAGAUGUCGGGAGCGCAGAUCAAAAUCGCCAACGCCACGGAAGGGUCAUCGGAGCGCCAAAUUACCAUCACAGGAACCCCUGCAAACAUCAGCCUUGCGCAGUACCUCAUCAACGCCAGGCUGACGUCUGAGGUCACUGGAAUGGGCGCACUCUAAUUUCCACCCACCAUCCUCCACUCCGCACCACCCGACCCUCUCCAGCCACCGGCACUCCACCCAGCCUGUACUGCCUGUACAGACAUUUACCGUCUUCCCUUUGCCUCCACAGAUACUCUUUACUAACAAAAAUAUACAUAUAUAUAUAAACAUGCGCGCGCAUAUGCAUACACUGGAACAUUUCUUUACGAGCUCUUUACUCUGUGCUCCCGAGGCUGCUCCCAAACUCUUUGGUUAUGGUCCUUGUUUUCAGCGUUGCAGUGUUAAUUCUUUAUCUGUUUUUUGGGGAUGAGGGAGGGGGGAGGGGGGCGUUGGUUUUUUUCUCUCACUAGCAAGACUUCAGGAGCUGGCGGGGUCUCUAGUGUCAGUCUAGCUUAGCUACCUACACGUUUGAGUUGACAUUGGCAAUACUUUCUGUAGCCUAUGGACAUAUGUGAUGCCACACAGAGCUAUGCGUACUUCAGAUGACUUAACUUUCCUCACCCUCCUUCCUCUGGUGCUCCCCCUUGCUUGUCCCGGCUCACCUUUGCCACCUCACGCCCCUGCCCUCAGAGUAAGGAUAUACUUUUCACCCGACCCAAAGUUAUUUGGGAAGCAGAAGCCAAGCAUGGGUUCAACCCGCAGGCUUCUCUCUUGGAACAUGGCAUGGUCCAGACAAGCCCUUUUUCCUGCUAAACUGAGGGAAUCACACACACACACAUUUACACACAAAUGCUUGUUUUUUUUAACUAAUGGCCCCUGGAAGUGGGAAGAACUCAGGUGUAUGGGAUUCAUACCCCCAGGGGCCUUUGAAAGCACUCUUUUGGCAAUUCUCCACAAGAUAAACCUUUGGAUAAUAGCUCAGGAAGCUCUGUGAGCCAGCUGUGUUUGUCAUUGUUUGUGUUCAAUAAAUGUCUGUGCAGCUCUGGUACC